CGGAUGGCGCUCCAGCUCCAAGGGAGCAGAAAUGCGCGUCAAGUGGGUCUGGCGCUGACAACCGCGGCGGAGCAGCUGCAGAGACACUGAGGCAGAUCCACUCAUGACUGGACUUCAACUCCACGAACAGGAUGGUUCAUCGCAAUGAAAAUGUAUUUUCCUCGCUGUGGUCAUUUUGACAUUCUUACUUGGAUAGUUUUUAGUUCUUCGCAGCUUCUGCUAGAUGGUGCGUCCCCAGACAAGCCGUCUCAGAUUCCAGACCCCUGCCUCCAGAACCUGUGCCAAAAUCAGGCAAUAUGCAGAACCCGUGGGAACGGCUACGCCUGCUUCUGCGUGCCAGGUUUCCAGGGCGCUCACUGCCAGAUAGACGUGAACGAGUGCGCUUCACAGCCCUGCAGGAACGGAGCCACCUGUGUGGACGGAGUGGGUCGAUUCUCCUGUUUGUGUCCUCCUGGAUUCACAGGAACCACUUGUGAGCUGCAGGUCGACCAGUGUCAGUCACAGCCUUGUCUUCACCACGGCACUUGUGUUAACCACGCCACAGGCUUUCGGUGCAUCUGCCAUGUUGGUUUCCAAGGAGACCGAUGCGAAAUCGACACAGACGAUUGCCAGGAGCAGCCAUGCCAAAACGGGGCUCUGUGUGUCGAUGGGGUGAAUGAAUACAGCUGCGACUGCUCACACCCAGCAUUCACUGGGCGGCACUGUGAGACGCUGCUGCCACAGUGCAACUCUGAUCCCUGCUUCAACAGCGCCGUCUGUAGGGACGACCAGGGUAACUACACCUGUGAAUGCUGGCCGGGGUUUGAGGGACGUAACUGUGAGAUAGACAUGAACGAGUGCAGCAGCAGUCCGUGCAUGAACGGUGGCAGGUGCAGGGAGAGGUCAUGGCAGGAGCUUUACGGCAGCGAUCCUCUGCUGCCUGACCACUACGACCACAGAUAUGCUGCAGGCUACAUCUGCAUCUGUCCUCCAGGAACAGCAGGUUCCCACUGCCAGGAAGUGGGGAACCAGUGCGAGUCCGGUCCCUGCCAAAAUGGGGGCCGAUGUGAGAGCCUCGAUGGGGGCUUCACCUGCCAGUGCCUCAAACAGGCGCAUGACGGCGUUCUCUACGGAGGUACGAACUGCGAUGUGAAGUUAGUCGGCUGUGAAGGUCACGAGUGCCAGAAUGGAGCCUCCUGCUCUCCGUUCCUGCUGGACGGGACUCACGGUUACACCUGCUCCUGCACGCCAGGAUACACCGGACCGCUCUGCAACACCCCGACCACGUUUUCCUUUGAGCGCAGAGGUUACCUGUUGCUUCACAACCCCCUGGUGAACGCUGAUCUGACCACCAACAUCACACUGAGCUUCAAGACUGUUCUGCCAUCUGCCAUGUUGUUCCAGAGGAACAUCAGGGGGAUGGUGCUGCAGCUUCAGCUGGACAGGGGAGAGCUGUUUCUGAUGCUGUGGAGCGAGAAAUCUGUUGGGUCUGAUGGAGCGAACCAUACUCUGGAGCUUCCACAUAACGUCAUGGAUGGAGAGUGGCACACUGUGGAGGUUGUGUUCACAAACGAGAUCCUGAGCCUUAGAUUAUUCGAUGACACUGGAAGCUAUGGGAGCCAGUCGUAUCACAUGUUGACCCCAGUCCAGACCAACCUGACAGAGCUUGAGACUUCCUCUCAGGACACAUUUAUAGGGGGGGGCCUCAAAAACCCAAGUUGGUUCAGUAGUCAGCCUAGUUUGCCCGUGUUCAUUGGGUGCAUGCGCGACGUGUUUGUGGACUGGCAGCUCGUUGUUCCAGAGGAAUGGCUGAGCGACUCUGCGGUUAACGUGUCGCCCGGCUGCAGCCACAGGGACCGCUGCCGGGACGAGCCGUGCCAAAACGGAGGCCGGUGUGUGAACCUGUGGCAGAGCUACCAGUGCCAGUGCACAAGGCCUUACGAGGGGCACGACUGUGAGGAGGAACAUGUUACUGCUCGCUUUGGGAAUGAGGACUCUCACAGUUUUGCGGCCUUCGCCAUCAACGACGAUCUGGGUCGGAACCUCUCCGUCUCUCUGUUCCUGCGCACGCGGCGGCAGAACGGACUCCUGCUGGUGCUCUCCAACAGCAGCAGCAGCCCAUACCUGCACAUGUGGUUGGAGAGCGGCAGGGUCAAAGUUCGUCUCCGUAGCUCUGAGAGCGUGAAGGCAGAAAGAGCCGUUCAUGAUGGAGAGGUCCACUUUGUAAGUGUAGAGGUUCUGGAUGGUCGCAUGUCGCUGUAUGUAGCGGGGCAGAAACAGGACGAUGUGGAGGGAAGGACUGUAGACGUCAGUGCAGGUGAUGUCGUUUUUGUUGGAGGUCUGCCGGAGAAGAGAAGCACUUCAGAGUUUGGUGGAUUUUUCAAAGGCUGCAUCCAGGAUUUGAGGAUCGGCGACACGAGGCUGCAGUUCUUCGGGCCGGACACUUCGCUGACAUCAUAUCCUCUUCAGCAAAUAGAACAUGUGAUUCAGGGCUGCCCUGGAGACAACGCCUGCACUAGAAAUCCAUGUUUAAAUGGGGGCAUUUGCUUCUCUGGUUGGGACGACUUCACCUGCACCUGCCCCGCCAGCACAGCAGGGCGGCACUGUGACGAGGUAAAGUGGUGUGAGCUGUCCCCAUGCCCCGCACCUGCCGAGUGCAAGAUGCUGCAGGAGGGAUAUGAAUGUUACUCCAAUGCAACUUUCCUGAACGACAGCACUGUGAUGACCUUUCGGGGAAACGGCCACAUAUUCCGAAACAUCACCAGCCUGUCUCUAAACCUCCGCACACGGAGGCGCAACGCAGCCAUCCUGCAUGCGGAGAAAGGCUCCUCCUUCAUCACGGUUUCUGUUCAGGAUGGUCUCCUCUUCAUGGAGCUCCAGAGCCCCUUUGGUGGCCUCAGCGGCUCAGAGGAGGAGAAAGAGGAGAAAUCAGAGGAGAGGCUGUUGACGGUGAGCCUCGGCAGCAGGAGGAGCAUCACUGACGGCGAGUGGCACGCCGUCCAUCUGUUCAUGACGGCGCCGUGGGCUCAGUCCUCUCGCUGGACUUUGGUUCUGGAUAAUGAGCUAGAGGAAGCCAGCUUCUCCAGGAGCCAGGGCAGCAACCUGAACUUCCUCAGGGACGGGGCGGACGUCUACCUGGGUGGCCUGGCUCCGUUCACUGGCUGGUCCCUGACCGGCUGUCUGGGAACAGUGGAGCUGGGCGGCAUCGCUCUGCCUUACUUCAGCUCCUCGGAGGUGAACCUGCCGCGCCUGCAGGUCGAGCAGUUCGUCCAAAAAUCCCCGAACCCGGCGCUGCCCGGCUGCAGAGGCACCCCGGUGUGCGAGCCCAGCCCCUGUCUCAACGGCGGCCAGUGCCAGGACCUGUUCAACACCUACAACUGCACUUGUGCUGAGGGCUGGGCCGGCAGACGCUGCGACGUCCUGAUAGACACCUGCGCUUCGAACCCUUGUCUCCAUGGCAACUGUAGCAUCAACGGGCUCAGCUACAAGUGCACCUGUGAGUUCGGGUUCACAGGUGUGCACUGUGAGGAGCAGGUGGAUGUGUGUAGGAACCACCUGUGUGCCAAUGGAGCCACCUGCCUCCAUGGGCCGGAUAAGUACGCCUGCCUCUGUGCCGAGAACUACACCGGACCGCUCUGCAGCGAACGCGUGGAAGAACUUCCUUGGUACAUCGUUGUCAGAAAAAUCACGCCCAAGCUGCCUGUUUCUGUGUGUGGUGACGAAGUCAGGAAUUAUACCUGCUUCAACGGAGGGAACUGCACUGACCGGGAACUCUCCUGCGACUGUCCUGCAGGAUUCGUUGGACACAGGUGUGAGCAGGAUGUGGACGAGUGCAAAUCCAACCCGUGUCUGAACGGCGGCUACUGCAGAAACCUGGUCAACAGGUUCGUCUGCGUGUGCGACAUGAGCUUCGCUGGAGACGUGUGCCAGACGGACGCUGGACGACGGGCCAGAGGUGGACUGGGGAGCAAACGACUGAGUUUGUGUGGGUGUGGAAGGGCUGUGAAUAUCUUUGAGACGCUUUAGGAAAAUGUCUGCAUUUGAAUGAGCAGCUGUCAGGUUGCACGGGAUGAGAAUGGACAUUUAUUCUGGCUAGUACUGAGAAAGAUCAUAGGGACUUCUGUGGUUUGAUUUCAGGGACUACAGAGUGAUUCUGUGCCUUUCAGAUCAGUAGCACUUUAUUUAUAGUCAGUGUUUAUAAAACGUGUUUCGUUUGGUUGAGCACACAUGUCCUGAUUCACAGACACUGUUUUGCAUCUGCGCCUCCAUUUCAGUGUCUAAAUCCCAAAGCAAGUAGCACUAAUGAGACACUGAAGGUAAAACUUCUGCCCUCCUUCUUGGUCAGGAUGCAGUCGCUCAAUAAAGAUCAGUUAAGUCAAAUCUUAAAUUGAUCAGAAAAUUACGCAAUUAUUUGGGAAUGUCUUUAUAAAUUACAAAAUUAGUUUGCAACAAUUUCAGGUUCUCCUCACUCGUCUUAUGAAUUAUUAAAAAAAUGCAGGACAGAAAAUGAGCGCUCCAUUUCCCCUAAAGGCCUGCAAAACGCCAGCUGCAGAUAUUGUUUUGCAGAAGUUUUGUGAAUUAGAUGCAAAAGAAAGGCAGUGCUUUAGUGAAUCAGGCCCUCUGUGUGCAGCUGGAUCACUGGUUGAUGUUUUUCAGUGUCAGUAAUUAGAAUGUUGUGAAAUUCUUUAAGUAGACAAAUAUGAGCAAAAUUUGAAAGGAAUAAAUCAAAGGUUUGCACAGUUGGUACAGUUUGAUUUGCAAUCUUCAAAAAGUAAUGCAAGCCAAGAUUCCAGGCUUCACCAUGAACCAAGUUGUUUAAAGAUGCUAUGCAGUGGUGAAUUUUGUUUUCAGUAAUGUUCAGUCGUAAUGAAAACAUGGCUGAGAAUAAAUGAUGGUUUACUGCAAAAGGAUUUAACAAGAUUUAAACUGUAAAGGUGGGCAGAACUGAAAAAAACCCAAACAAAUCAUUUAGAUUUCUGUGUAUUUGAGUUGAUGACGUCACAGGAGGCUCAAGCAUUGAGAUGUUCAGCAGGGAUUAAUUAAUUUCUACUUUUGAAUGUGGAGUUUGAUUAAAAACUUGUAAAUAAAAAGGGAACAAAAACAAGGAGGAAAAUACAGUCUUAAAGCUUUAAAACAAAAAAACUGACCACUUCUUAUUCUGUAGGAGUCAAACUGUAUAAUGACCUUCAGGAGGCGGUAACUUAGAGAAACUAACAAAAGUGGCAAAGAAUAUUUGUUGCAAUAUUUGAGGAUUUCAAAUUAGAAAUAAUCGUUCACUUUGUUAAUGAUCACCUUGAACUUUCGGGCAAUCUGUUUUCCGUCUGUCCAAUGGCGUAAAAGUCUAAGUUACGAUGUCGUAAAGAGAAGCACGCUCUGCAUUUAGAAAGUAAGUUUUCAGGGAGCUGAGGGAUAAUAUAAAAUUCCAGUUAUUUAUACGAUUCCCACUACCUGAUAACCUGCCAGUCUCGUCUGAACUCUGGGGUUUGGAAGUUGUGUGCGGAUGAAUUUGUGAACUCUGGAAAACAGAGCUGUAGCUACAAAAGCUCCUGGAGGGCCCCGGAUGUCUCGCUUGUUCUUGAUGUGCGUUCAGAGCAGCUCGUGACUGGCUGCUGAUUGUUGUUUGGCACCAAAGAAGAAGUUUUCUGCAUCUAAACCUUUUUGUCUGAGCCAAAGAUAUUUUGAGCCCUAAAUUCUCGGCGGCUUUUCUUCAGCCGUACGUUUAGAAGUGUGACUGCGCGGCUGUGGUCAGCGCUGAAGCAAACAUGAAUGUUUUUCAUGGUAGAUUUCACUUGUGGUUUGAAUUUUAGAACAUCACCAGGGUAUGCGUGUAAUGUCAUGUUCGUCAAUCAUAUUCUGUCUGUGUGUCUCGUCUUUAUCCAUCUUCUGUGUUGUUUAAUAAAACAAAAUCAAGAAAAAUUGUUUUCUGUCCUCUUUUAAUGUCUCUUCACUCAUUUUUCU